CAACUAUCGGUAUUGAAAUUGUGAAUGAUUAAAUGUUUGGUGCUAUAAAUGUUUAUUUUAUCCUGCCAAAUGAACACAACGUCACCAAAAUCAUCACUGGCUAAACUUGGUAUUCACACCAAACAAAAAUCCCUAAAAGUUAUGGUCUUGGGCCAAAGCGGGGUAGGAAAAACUGCAAUGGUGGUACGUUUCAUAACCCGACGUUAUAUCGGAGAAUAUGAUCCGAAUUUAGAGAAAAUUUAUACAUUCAACACCUCUUUAGACAAUGAUUAUGUACAUUUUGAUAUUUUGGAUGCUACAGGACAACCGAAUGAAGCCGAUUGCGUUAAUUUGGAAUCCAACAUAAGAUGGGCUGAUGCAUUUAUACUCAUGUAUUCUGUAACGGACAAGUGUAGUUUCGAUGAGUGUAAUCGCCUGAAAUUUCUAAUAAAUUACAAUAAGCGUAGAAAAAAAUUAGGUUCGAAUAGCAAGGACUGCAUGGCGGAAGUUCCGGUAAUAUUAGUUGGCAACAAAACCGAUCAAAUUGGGGAUAGAAUGGUAACAGUGGAGGAAGGUCAACGUAGAUUUAAAGAAUUAAGCUGUGCAUGUUUUCAUGAAAUAUCUGUUAGAGAAAGUGUUGAACAAGUCCAAUCAGUAUUUCGAGAUGUAUUUCGAUUUUGGCGUGUUUUUAGCAAGUUUCCCAAACUUAAACGUUCCACUAGCGAUGUACAAAAUGAAUCUCUAAGUCCCGACUCGGGAUGUUCCUUUUAUGACACCGCCUAUUUGGCAAAUGAAACCAGAAGAUCAUUUCUAGUCAUUGGCACAGCUUGCUUAGAGGAGAAUGAUCAUUCUGAGUCCACCGAUGAAAUUAGCUGCAGCAGUUUGAGAAGUUCAAGCAGUGAACUGGAAACGCCAUUUCGUAGUCGUGCCUCUACUGAUGGUACGUUAUUAUCGCGGCCACGAAGAUGGCGUUAUCCCCCACCAGGCUGCCUAUUACCUCAUACAAAUCGUGUGGAGAGACGCAUGAGCAUUUCCACGCGAGGCAGUAAUGCUAGUUAUUAAUAAUAAUAAUAAUAAACUAUA